UUCGCGAUGUGCAGAGAAAAUUGGUCUGCUAAAUUUUGCAAUAAAACUGCAAGUUUUACUCAUUGAGAAGCUCUUUUAAAACAUUCUAUUUGAAACCGCUUUUUAAACUAUAUUAUGUGGGCUAAAAUAUAGAUUACAUGUGUAUUAUCAGCCAAUGUUUAGAAUAUUAUUUCCCUUGCAAGUUUACGUUGUUUGUAGGAACUCGGUAUGCGGUUUAAUAAAUGAAAUCCAGAUAUAAACUUAAAUUAUACAUUUACUAAGCUUUGAUCAUGAAUCAAUCUUACAUUAAAAGCUUGAUGCUCUUAAAUCGUAUUCAAUUGUUGUCAAGAAGUGAAAACCAUUGGCUUUGCCGCUAUUUUUCAUCGACGUUUAAUAUAAAUGAUAUUGUGAAACAAAAUAAGCAGAAGACAACAUCUUCAUCAAAAAAGAAAGAAACUAAACUCAAAUCUAGCAACAAAUCAAAUGAGAUUUCAACAGAGGAAAACAAUACAGACAUAAUCACAGAUUUGCAGACAGUUGCAACAACAAAUGUAGGCAAUAAAGUGUAUACACCGGACAGUAAUAACAAUGCACAAUUUUCUAAAAAAGCUAUAAAUCAUCCUGAAUGUUUUACAUGUAUUCUUGACAUGUCAGUGUAUGCCAAUGCAAAUAUAGACACAUGUAAGUUACAAGAGUUCAAAGACAUUAUAGAAGACCUUGAAAUUGGUUAUUUACCAUCAGUCUCAACUAUUAUUACUGCAACUCAAAGCAAAAAACAGCAGGAAGUAUUGAAAAAUUGGCAGUUGGAAAAAACAAAAGAAUUGGGUGGAGAUGCACAGUUUCAAGAGUUUAAAAAAGGAAUGUUAAACACUGGGGAAAGUCUUCACAAAUGUAUUGAGAUGAGAUUGAAGGGUGUAGAAGAUAUUACACCAUCAGAGAACUGUGAAGGACACUGGCAGAGUGUGCAACACAUGUUGGGGGACAUAAAGGAUGUUAAAAUGCUUGAAACAGACUGUGUUCAUCAAGAAAUCUUCUACAAAGGAAAAUUUGAUUGUAUUGCAAAACUGGGGAAUACAAUGUGUCUGAUAGAGUGGAAAACCUCUUCUAAGCCGAAGCCUCUACUGUCAAGCACCUACGACAACCCUCUCCAGGUGGCAGCAUACAUAGGGGCAGUGAACAGAUCAAGUCUUCUUAAACAACACGAUUUGACAGAGGUGACCCAUGGUGCCCUGGUGAUUGCCUACCCUAGCGGUGAGCCGGCAACUGUUCACGUGAUGAGUCAGAGGAUCGUGGAGAAGUACUGGAGUCAGUGGACCCAGCGCGUCUACAUGUACUGGUGUCAGAGGAUGAACCACAGGGAACCAGAGUGAGAUUGGGAUAUGAUGUUAGGGAAUUGUGAGAUGUGUUGCUAGAGAAGUCUGAGAUAAAGAUACUAAGGAACUGUUUGUUAAAUAUGGAUUUACUUUAAGAGAUAGAGGAUAUUUGUUCAUGUCAGUGUAAGAUUGUUUGUUAUUUCACAAAUGAUCAUAGAAAAUAUAUUUUCACAAGCGGCGCAGUCACGAGUGAAAAUUUUAUUUUUCUAUGAUCACGAGUGAAAUAACAAAAGAUCUUACACUGACAUGAAAAAAAAAUCUGUUUCUUUUAUGCCCCUUUUUCAAGAAAGUAAUAAACAAUUGUUUCCCUUUCGCUGAAAAGUUACCAUUUCUCCUGUGGCGUGCCUCAAUACAUUUCAAAACACAAAAUGACAUCAUUAGUGUGACGAAAUGACUUCAUUAUACCAACAAAAUUCUCCAGUUUAACUCUUUUAAAAUGUAAAUAAACGGUGAAAAAGCAUUAAAAAAAAGAUAAGUUGUUGGAUUCAGUGGAAUGUCCAUUUUAAUUCACUCAUGUUCAUAGAAAAUGUAUAUAUAAUUAUUUGUGAUAAUCUGAAAAAAGAAAAAGGAGUUCCGAAAAUGUGUUUUUUUCACCAGUAAAAAAAACAAUUUGUUUAUUUUCACUGCUGUUAUUUCACUGCAGAAAUGUCAUAUUUUAUCAUUAGGUAUAAAAGAAAUAGAUAUUGCUAGGGUACCAAGAGUGAGUCGUGUAUAUGUUUGCUUUGGAACUGAAAGCGAGAUAUUGAUAGUAGCUAUUGAACUGAGAGUUAAGAAACAAUUAUGUUUCUAGGGAUCUGUGAGUGAGAUAGAGGCUUCAAAUACAGAUGGAACGCUUUGUUUAAUUUCAUGGUUUCAGGAAUAAUAAAACAAAAUAAACCUUAAUGGAAAACCAUUUUCAAAGAUUGUUAAAUGUAAAUUUAAAAAAACAAAAACAUUUGCAUUUGAACAUUAAUCUGAAAUUAAUCUGAGUUUUAGGAAUCUCUUCUUAAAACAAAGUUAAUCAAUUUAUUAUUGUUUUUUAUUUCAAAACAAUUACAUGACCUUAUUGUGUUCAUAAUGAUUUCUGUUGUGCUCAUUUUUAUUUAGUGAAAUGUAAAUUAAUGUGUUCAUUAAAUUUACCUGAUUAUACAAUAAAUAGUGUUUUUUUAUUAGUAUACAAAUAUAUAUAAUACAACUCUAUUAAAAUUAUUGUAUAUGGAUGGUCAUUCUAUACAUAGAUGGUGACGUCACUACGUCAGUAAGACCGGUGUGACACAAUGUAUGGAUGGUUGGAUGGAUUGUUAAUCAGACGUGUAAAUGUCCAGAAAAAAACAGUCUAGAAAUAUGUAUAUUAUAAAAAAUAUGGUGCUGAUAGAAACUGUGUAUUUGUUAUAUUUGCAUUUUUAGCUCACCUGAGCACAACGUGCUUAUGGUGAGCUUUUGUGAUCGCCUUUUGUCCGUCAUGCGUCGUCAACAUUUUGCCUUGUGAACACUCUGGAUGCCACAUUUAUUGUCUGAUCUUCAUGAAAUUUGGUCAGAACAUUUGUCCCAUUGAUACCUCGACUGAGUUCAAAACUGGGUCAUGCUGGGUCAAAAACUAGGUCACUAGGUCAAAAAAAAGAAAAACCUUGUGAACACUGUAGAAGUCACAUUUGAUGCCCAAUCUUCAUGUAACCUUGUCAAAAUGUUUGUCUAAAUGAUAUGUUGGUUAAGUUCAAAAAUGGUUCUGGUCUGUUGAAAAACAUGGCCGCCAAGGGGCGGGGCAGUUUUCCUAAUAUGGCUAUAGAGAAACCUUGUGAACACUCUAGAAGUCACAAUUUUUGCCCAAUCAUCAUGAAACUUGGUCAAAACAUUGGUUUCAUUGAUAUCUUGGACGAGUUUGAAAAUGGUCCAGAUCGGUGAAAAAACAUGGCCACCAGAGGGCGGGGCAGUUUUCCUUAUAUGGCUAUAGUAAAACCUUGUUAACACUCUUCAUGAAAUUUGGUCAGAAGAUUGGUCUGUAUGAUAUCUUGGAUGAGUUCGAAAAUGGUUACGUUUGCUAGAAAAACAUGGCUGCCAAGGGGCGGGGCAUUUUUUUCCUUAUAUGGCUUUAGUAAAACCUUGUGAACACUCUAGAGGCAACGUUUAUUGUCCAAUCUUCAUGAAAUUUGGUCAGAAGAUUGGUCUCAAUGAUAUCUUGGAUGAGUUUGAAAAUUGUUACGUUUGCUUGAAAAACAUGGCUGCCAAGGGGCGGGGCAUUUUUCCUUAUAUGGCUAUAUAUGGCUAUAGUAAAAUCUUGUUAACACUCUAGAGUCCACAUUUAUUGUCUGAUCUUCAUGAAACUUGGUCAGAAGAUUCAUCCCAAUAAUAUCUUGGACAAGUUAAAAAAUGAUGCCCAUUGGUUGAAAAACAUGGCCGCCAGGGGGCGGGGCAUUUUUCCUUAUAUGGCUAUAGUAAAACCUUGUUCACACUCUAGAGGCCACAUUUAAGUUUAAGAUCUUCAUGAAACUUGAUCAAAAGAUUUGUCCUAAUGAUAUCUUGGAUGAGUUUGAAAAUGGUUUCGGUUGCUUAAAAAACAUGGCCACCAGGGGGCGGGGCAUUUUUCCUAAUAUAGCUAUAUAUCAUGCUUUGUAAAACCUUGUUAACACUCUAGAGGCCACAUUUAUUGUGCGAUCAUCAUGAAAUUUGGUCAGAUGAUUUGUUGCAAUGAUAUCUUGGAUGAGUUCGAAAAUGGUUCUGGUUGGUGGAAAAACAUGGCCUCCAAGGGGGCGUGGCAUUUUUCCUAAUAUAGCUAUAGUUAAACUUUGUUAACACUCUAGAAGCCGUAUUUAUUGUACGUUCAUCAUGAAACUUUGUCAGAAGAUUUGUCCCAAUGAUAUUUUGGACAAGUUCAAAAAUGGUUCCAAUUGCUUGAAAAACACGGCCACCAGUGGGCAGGGCAUUUUUCCUCAUAUGGACUUAUGAAUCUUCAUGAAACUGUGUCAGUAUAUUUGUUUAAAUGAUAUCUUGGAUGUGUAUGAAAAUGGUUCUGGUCUGUUGAAAAAGGUGGCUGCCAGGGUGUUCACUAGUCAUGAAAGUUGGUAAGAACAUUUUGUUCCAAUGACAUCUUGGGCUGCACAGAACUGGUCAGUUCCUUUGAAUCUCAGGUGAGCGACUUUGGGCCUUUCAGGCCCUCUUGUUUAAAUCUUUUCAUAACAAACAUAUUGUUAAUGCAAAUGUUUAUUGAAACAUUUUAUACAUUUAAAUGUGUAUUACAUUGAGUGACAUAUCAUGAAUGUGUUCAUUUCUUUAGUUGAUACCUAUUGAUAUUGUUGUUGCCUUUUUAAAAUGGUAGUUUAAUAAUGUAAUGCAUUACAAAAACUUCACAUUUACAUUGAAUCAAACUUAUUUUUUAAACGGUUGUUACAGAAUGUCAUGUAUGUUAAUGGGAUAAGUAUAUAAUGAAUAUUACUAUUUACUUAAGAUGUUUACAAAGGCAAGUGUUCAGUAGUGAAGAUAAUUUGUGUACUGUAGAUGUUGACUGUUCAUUUACUGUUUCAUUGGUCGUUGUCGGCUCAGGUACUACCUUCAUGUACCCCGGGUUCUUUUAAGUAUUUGGAUAUGGAAAAUAAACUAAAAUGUACCUAGUAACUGUAAUGCUUACAUUAGAUUUUGGGCGGGAAUUAAACUCCAGCACAGUCUCAAAUUGGCCAGGUAUGCUUAAGUAAAUUUUCCGUACCCAGGGUACAUUCAAGCAUUCAAGCUAACAAUGACCAAUUGAGCUUUACUAACAUGUAACAGACAGAUUCCCAGUUAGGGUAGGAGAAAAAUAAAAUGGAAAUGUUAAAAGAUCCACUGGUAGAAUCUAUCUAAACUAUUAUCUUUUCUAAAAAAAUUGCAAGAGAAUACUAUUUUGAUAUUUUUUAUGCCAAUUUGUAUACAAAUAGCAAGGGCAUGCCGCUUUUGAGAUCAUUUGUACAAGUUCCAUUUUCGUGUUCACUUUAUGCAAUGUACACUAUGAUUCUUGUUACACAUUUCUUAGUUUUCAUCAUUGACAAGUUACCAUACAUUGUAUAUUUGCACGCAUUUCAUUUAAUUAUGUUUGUCGUGUAUUGACAUACAUUACUUUUAACAAUGUUGCUUUUUACUUACGAUUGUUGUUAUCAGAAAGUUAUCCCUUUUGUUGACCUGAUUGUGAAAUCAGAAUUUUUUGAGACAAUCUUAAGUAAUAAAAGUAAUAACAUAGUCAAUGACAUUAAUUCAGUUGUAAGUUUUUUUCAACGAUUGUCAUAUAAAUAAGGUCAGAAAAACAGACGGUUUUUAAGCCACGAAUAAGUGGCAACAACUUUGUGGAGUCCAAAUAAACCCCUUCAUUUUAGUACAUUUCUGAUCCCCGGGUACUUUGUAGUAUACUAUACCUGCAAGAUUAUCUGUGAAUGCAUGGGCAUCGAUGACUAUAUCUUGAGAUCGCGAUUGUGACUAUUGUGUCAGGCAUCGAUGACUAUAUCUUGAGAUCGCGAUUGUGACUAUUGUAUCAGGCUUCGAUGACUAUAUCUUGAGAUCGCGAUUGUUACUAUUGUUAGGGUUAGGGUCGUUGUCGGCACAGGUACUACCUUUAUGUACCCCGGGUACUUUUAAGUAUAUGGAUAUGGAAAAUAUACUAAAAUGUACCUAGUAACUCUAAUGCUAACAUUAGAUUUUGGGCGGGAAUAAAACUCCAGCACAGUCUCAAAUUGGCCAGGUAUGUUUAAGUAAAUUUUCCAUACCCAGGGUACAUUCAAGUAUACUUAAGAACACCCAUGAUACAUGAUAAAGUAGUAUCUGAGCUAACAAUGACCAAUCGAGCUUUACUAACAUGUAACAGACAGAUUCCCAGUUAGGGUAGGAGAGAAAUAAAAUGGAAAUGUUAAAAGAUCCACUGGUAGAAUCUAUCUAAACUAUUAUUUUUCUAAAAAAAUUGCAAGAGAAUACUAUUUUGAUAUUUUUUAUGCCAAUUUGUAUACAAAUGGCAAGGGCAUGCCGCUUUUGAGAUCAUUUGUACGAGUUCCAUUUUCGUGUUCACUUUAUGCAAUGUACACAAUGAUUCUUGUAACACAUUUCUUAGUUUUCAUCAUUGACAAGUUACCAUACAUUGUAUAUUUGCACGCAUUUCAUUUAAUUAUGUUUGUCGUGUAUUGACAUACAUUACUUUGAACAAUGUUGCUUUUUACUUACGAUUGUUGUUAUCAGAAAGUUAUCCCUUUUGUUGACCUGAUUGUGAAAUCAGAAUUUUUUGAGACAAUCUUAAGUAAUAAAAGUAAUAACAUAGUCAAUGACAUUAAUUCAGUUGUAAGUUUUUUUCAACGAUUGUCAUAUAAAUAAGGUCAGAAAAACAGACGGUUUUUAAGCCACGAAUAAGUGGCAACAACUUUGUGGAGUCCAAAUAAACCCCUUCAUUUUAGUGCAUUUCUGAUCCCCGGGUACUUUGUAGUAUACUAUACCUGCAAGAUUAUCUGUGAAUGCAUGGGCAUCGAUGACUAUAUCUUGAGAUCGCGAUUGUGACUAUUGUGUCAGGCAUCGAUGACUAUAUCUUGAGAUCGCGAUUGUGACUAUUGUGUCAGGCUUCGAUGACUAUAUCUUGAGAUCGCGAUUGUGACUAUUGUUAGGGUUAGGGUCGUUGUCGGCACAGGUACUACCUUUAUGUACCCCGGGUACUUUUAAGUAUAUGGAUAUGGAAAAUAUACUAAAAUGUACCUAGUAACUCUAAUGCUAACAUUAGAUUUUGGGCGGGAAUAAAACUCCAGCACAGUCUCAAAUUGGCCAGGUAUGUUUAAGUAAAUUUUCCAUACCCAGGGUACAUUCAAGUAUACUUAAGAACACCCAUGAUACAUGAUAAAGUAGUAUCUGAGCUAACAAUGACCAAUCGAGCUUUACUAACAUGUAACAGACAGAUUCCCAGUUAGGGUAGGAGAGAAAUAAAAUGGAAAUGUUAAAAGAUCCACUGGUAGAAUCUAUCUAAACUAUUAUUUUUCUAAAAAAAUUGCAAGAGAAUACUAUUUUGAUAUUUUUUAUGCCAAUUUGUAUACAAAUGGCAAGGGCAUGCCGCUUUUGAGAUCAUUUGUACGAGUUCCAUUUUCGUGUUCACUUUAUGCAAUGUACACAAUGAUUCUUGUAACACAUUUCUUAGUUUUCAUCAUUGACAAGUUACCAUACAUUGUAUAUUUGCACGCAUUUCAUUUAAUUAUGUUUGUCGUGUAUUGACAUAAAUUACUUCGAACAAUGUUGCUUUUUACUUACGAUUGUUGUUAUCAGAAAGUUAUCCCUUUUGUUGACCUGAUUGUGAAAUCAGAAUUUUUUGAGACAAUCUUAAGUAAUAAAAGUAAUAACAUAGUCAAUGACAUUAAUUCAGUUGUAAGUUUUUUUCAACGAUUGUCAUAUAAAUAAGGUCAGAAAAACAGACGGUUUUUAAGCCACGAAUAAGUGGCAACAACUUUGUGGAGUCCAAAUAAACCCCUUCAUUUUAGUACAUUUCUGAUCCCCGGGUACUUUGUAGUAUACUAUACCUGCAAGAUUAUCUGUGAAUGUAUGGGCAUCGAUGACUAUAUCUUGAGAUCGCGAUUGUGACUAUUGUGUCAGGCAUCGAUGACUAUAUCUUGAGAUCGCGAUUGUGACUAUUGUGUCAGGCUUCGAUGACUAUAUCUUGAGAUCGCGAUUGUGACUAUUGUUAGGGUUAGGGUCGUUGUCGGCUCAGGUACUACCUUUAUGUACCCCGGGUACUUUUAAGUACGUAUAUGGAUAUGGAAAAUAUACUAAAAUGUACCUAGUAACUCUAAUGCUAACAUUAGAUUUUGGGCGGGAAUAAAACUCCAGCACAGUCUCAAAUUGGCCAGGUAUGUUUAAGUAAAUUUUCCAUACCCAGGGUACAUUCAAGUAUACUUAAGAACACCCAUGAUACAUGAUAAAGUAGUAUCUGAGCUAACAAUGACCAAUCGAGCUUUACUAACAUGUAACAGACAGAUUCCCAGUUAGGGUAGGAGAGAAAUAAAAUGGAAAUGUUAAAAGAUCCACUGGUAGAAUCUAUCUAAACUAUUAUCUUUUCUAAAAAAAUUGCAAGAGAAUACUAUUUUGAUAUUUUUUAUGCCAAUUUGUAUACAAAUGGCAAGGGCAUGCCGCUUUUUAGAUCAUUUGUACGAGUUCCAUUUUCGUGUUCACUUUAUGCAAUGUACACUAUGAUUCUUGUAACACAUUUCUUAGUUUUCAUCAUUGACAAGUUACCAUACAUUGUAUACUUGCACGCAUUUCAUUUAAUUAUGUUUGUCGUGUAUUGACAUACAUUACUUUGAACAAUGUUGCUUUUUACUUACGAUUGUUGUUAUCAGAAAGUUAUCCCUUUUGUUGACCUGAUUGUGAAAUCAGAAUUUUUUGAGACAAUCUUAAGUAAUAAAAGUAAUAACAUA